CAGAAUUAUCCACACUAGCUUUAUUAGCACGUGGAAGGCUACUUAGCAGGUGCACAGAUUUUAUCUUGAGGAAAAAAUUGUGAAAUCAUCUGAAAUUGCGGGGAGACCGUGGUGUGGAUGUUGUUGUGUUGCUGUCACUUCCGGGGCUCUUUCUCUCUCCAUCUCUCCCCCAGCCUCGCAUCCGUCGCUGUGGGGUGACAUCGCUACCGCAGGGCCCUCGGUGUUUUUUAGGGGCACCACCAGGCAGCAAGAGGAAGGCGGGAGAAGCGGGCAGUUCCGAGCGGCCUCCGAUGCUCCGUGCGCCGGGAACGAUGGAGGAGUUCGAGACGGAGGAGGACGAGCCGUGGUACGACCAGCGAGAUCUCGAGCAAGAUUUGCACUUGGCAGCCGAACUUGGCAAGACGCUUCUGGAACGCAACAAGGAGCUGGAGGACUCUCUUCAGCAGAUGUACGUCAACAACGAGGAGCAAGUGCAGGAGAUAGAGUAUUUGUCAAAGCAGUUGGAGAUGUUGCGGGACAUGAAUGAGCAGCACGCCAAAGUGUACGAGCAGUUGGACGUGACGGCGCGAGAGCUGGAGAUCACCAACGAGAAGCUGGUUCUGGAGAGCAAAGCCUCACAGCAGAAGAUCGACAGGUUGACGUGCACCAUGGAGACGCUACAUGCUCAGGUGGAGAGUCUGACGACGCGAGUGGAGGAGCUGAGGACACUGGAGGAGCUCAGGGUCCACAGGGAGAAGAAGGAGAGACGCAAAACCCUCCACUCUUUCCCUUGCCUCAAAGAACUCUGCACAGCACCACGAUAUGAAGAUGGUUUCCUCUUGGCCAACCCCGGCAGUGUGGACCUGGCCGACAAGCGCCCCCUAGACGAGGAGAACGACCGCCUCAGAGACAUCGUCACGUCCUUACGCACCGCCAUGGCAACCGAGCGCUCCAAACGAGAAAACGCCGAGAGGGAGUGCGCCACCGUCCUGCAGGAGUACGAGAGACUGGAACAGCGCCUCCUGGGGGCCGAGGGGUGCCACCUCAGAGUCCAAGAGCUGGAGGCGGAGCUACACGAGAUGCAAGAACUCAGGAAGUCCCGCCCGUGCCUGAUCGGAGGAGAAGACGGACUGGAGGCCUUACUCAACAGCACCCCCGAGACCGACACCGUAGACGAGGGGGCGGUGUUGGAAGAGGGAGGCGAGGGAGCCGGCGGAGAGCCCGGUCAGCAGGGCGUACCGGUGCGGAAGAGCUGCAGUGACACCGCCCUGAACGCAAUCUCCGCUCGGGAUGCUUCCGGACGGAGGCAGGGGAGCUACGCCAUGCACGCCAACGGAGUACGGAAAAGAGGCAUGUCCAUCCUGCGGGAGGUGGACGAGCAGUACCACGCGCUGCUAGAAAAGUACGAGGAGCUACUGGGGAAGUGCAGACGCCACGAGGAGAGCUUAUGUCACGCCGAAGUCCAAACCUCAAGACCAGUGUCCAGGGACCCCUCCAUCAAGGACUACAACAUGGCCGCCGCGGGACCUUCGAGCAAAGACUUCAACGUGGCCGCAGCGGGACCGUCCUCAUCAUCAGGGGCAGGACAGCUGACCCCGCCCCAGACGCCGUCCACCCCCGAGGCGCUGGAGGGCAUCAGCAGGCAGGUGGACCAGGUGGACAAGCGCCUCAGCCAGAACACGCCCGAGUACAAGGCCCUGUUCAAAGAGAUCUUCUCCAGGCUCCAGAAAACCAAGAGUGACAUCAACGCGAGUAAGAGCGAGAGGAGGGGCAAGAGGAAGGGGCGCAAGUGAGGAGAGGCUGGGUUCACAUUUAGAAUCUUCUAGAGUCUCUAAAGUUUAAACUGAGGGAGGACGGGGCAGAAUCCUAUGGUGGGAUUUGCUGUUUAAGUGUCAGAUUGCAGAUUUGUUGACCUGGUUUAUGGUUCAUAUUUCUGGUUAAGUACUGGGAAGAGAUGGGUAAAGAAGCAAGUAAGAAAAUAAUAUUCCUCAAGUACAAAGUAGUUCAAAGAAAUGGCUCUACUAAGAGGAAAAGAGUAGUAUUUAGGAAAACUACUGUCCAAGUAAGAGAAACUUAAAGCAAUUUCCAAAGUGCUGCACAGAGAUCAUAAAAUUAAGACAACAAAAAGGUAAAUUGCUAAAAUUUGGUCAUACCAGUCCUAAAACAAUAAAAACAGUAAAAUCAAAAUAAAAGCAAAAACCAUAAAAAAACAUUAAAUAGCAGUAAAUAAGUAAAAUAAAUAAAAAACACAGAGGACCACACAACUCACACGGUGUUAAAAGCCAGAGAAUAAAAGUGGGUUUUAAGACAACACUUAAAACACUCCACUGUGGGCGCUGUUGGG